AUGGACUGUCCUUCACCACUGUGUGUCAAAGGUUGCGGUUUCUUUGGGACUUCGGCAAACAAGAAUAUGUGCUCAAAGUGCUACACAGAGUAUCUGAAAGAACAGCUUCUUGCUAAGCCUACUGCAGCGCCGGCCGUGGUGGCUUCAGUGAAAAAAACCCUAGACGUCACUGUUUCUGCUAGCGAGUCGUUGUCAACUGCUACAACUACUGAUCAGCCAUGUGGUGCGACAAAGAAUAAGUGCCAGAACGAGAGCUGCAACAAGAAACUUAACCUGGUGGAAAUGAUGACGUUAAAAUGUCGCUGUGGUGGAAUGUUUUGUACGAAGCAUAAGUAUCCUUACCACUCAUGUAGUGUGAAUUACAAGAAACCUGGACGAGAGCUUUUGGCCAAGCAAAACCCAAUUUGCCAGGCUGACAAGUUAAAGUAUAGGGUUUAG